ACAUGUAAUUUCAGCGAACACUGUACUUUACUAUAAUUUCUAUAGAGCACAGUGACAAUACUAAAAUCAGUAUAGGCUGGGACUCUACUGCGGUCACUCAGUAGGCAGUGCGGCACUUCCAGAUAGCUGUCUUGUGCUCCUCCUUGUAUUGAGAUGAUGUCCAUGCGUUACCUAGUGUUGUUGUGCUGCGUGGUGGCGGCGGUGGUGGCUGAUGACAAGUACACCGACAAGUACGACAACAUCAACGUGAAGGAGAUCCUAGAGAACAAACGGCUGCUGCAAGCGUACGUCGACUGCAUACUCGACAAGGGCAAAUGCACCAACGAGGGCAAGGAACUUAAAGAUCAUCUGAAAGAGGCUCUCGAGACUGGCUGUGAGAAAUGCACUGAGUCCCAAAAGAAUGGCACUCACACUGUCAUCCAGCACCUGAUCAAGCAUGAGAUUGAAAUCUGGAAGGAACUUUGCGCCAAGUUCGACCCCAGCGGCACGUACCGCAAGAAGUAUGAAGCCAUCGCCAAGGAGCACGGCAUUGAGAUCCCGGAGUAAACUGCGGUAGACCACAGUAGACGCGAGUAGACCACACUAGACCGGUCUCUUAAUUUGUUCCUAGGCAUCCAGUAUAGAAAAUAUUCUGUUAGUGAUCUUUGUUUCUUUUGUACAUCUAUUUUUUUAAUAAAGAUUUUUUUUAUUA